AUGUGCCAGCGAACAACACUGAGCGAGCCACAGUCGCUUGUUAGUCGCUUGCGUUCCAGGAGUAGUCUGGUCGGACGACCUUUGUCUACCACGACGCGGGGCCCAAUCCGUCCGCCGACUUUAACUACCAUCUCGCCCCCCGAUGCUACCCUUGUCACCAUCUCCAAUGUCGCUCCCCAAAAGCGCGCGCGCCUUGAAGACGCUUGCUGCGAUAUGGACGAAUAUGCCCAGUUCCUUCCCCCAGAGCCGCUUGCCGGGGAGGAAUUGACGGCUGUAGCCAACACGAUUACCUCCUCCGAGGACUUCGAAGAGCAGGUCGUCCACGAGCACAUCAUUGGGGAGGAUGAAGUGGCGGGCCACAAACGGGCACGAUAUGAGAGCUCGGACGAGCCUAUGAAGGUCUGGCGCCGCGUUUCGCACUUAUUCCUCGACAAUCUGCUGCGGCAUGACGGUCUUGGGCCAGAGCUCAUCGCACCAGCCUGCCAUUUCUGUGAAACACCUCUCAAUAACGACUGUCCAUCGACACGCUUCUUUCGAUGUCGAGAAUGUGGUCUUUUUUUGCAAUGCCACUCAUGUUUGACGGAGCAGGAGGUGCUCCACCCCUUGCAUGUCGUCAAGGUGAGUAACCAGCUCCUCUUAUUUACGACUUGGUCGCGCAAACUUAUGGCCAAUCGCUGGUAUCCCGCCACCGUCAGCGAGCUCGGCACCUGUGCAACCUUUCGAGCGCUAGAUCUUUUCCGAACGCUCAAUGUCGUUGGCAACGUCAGCGCCAACGACUUUGUGGGAACACUGGAGCGGCUGACUGAUCCCACCAAGCUAGGCAAGGUUCCAGAUCGAUACAGAUCUUUCAGUCGAAUGGCCAGACAGUAUGCCUUUCUUUUCUGUCUGAAGCGGGCGGGUGUCGGCCACGAAAAGAAACCAUGGAACUCCCAGGCCGGGGGGGUCGUAGAACCAAUGGAGCCUGGCCGACUGGCUGUUUGCUGCUGGGCUUGUCCUCGCCCUGGUGUCAAUCUUCCUGAAGGAUGGGAGAAUUGUGGGCCAAACGACGAAUUUCUCUACAGUUUGAUGCUGGCACUGGACACAAAUUUUCGCUUAAAAAACCGCAUUCGAGCAAACGAACGGCAGGAUCCUUCUCUUGGAUCGGGUUGGGGCUACUUUGUAGACGACGAACCUUACCGAGAACAUCUCCGAGAUUAUGUCGCCGAAGAAGAUAUCAGUACCUGUAUUGCUUUCGCGGCCUUGAUGCAAAAAGAAACUCGUUUGACGACAGGCCUUUGA